AUGCCACCAAAAAAGAAGGGAGUCGUAGAAAAGCCUAUUUUAUUAGGAAGACCAGGUAACAACUUGAAGUCUGGUAUCGUUGGUUUAGCCAAUGUUGGUAAAUCCACCUUCUUCCAGGCCAUUACCAGAUGUCCUUUAGGUAACCCAGCUAACUACCCAUUCGCCACCAUUGAACCAGAAGAAGCUAGAGUUAUUGUUCCUUCUCCAAGAUUCGACAAAUUAUGUGAAUUGUACAAGCCUAAAAGUGAAGUUCCAGCUUACAUGACCAUUUAUGAUAUUGCUGGUUUGACCAAGGGUGCUCACGCCGGUGAAGGUUUAGGUAACAAUUUCUUAGCCAACAUUCGUGCUGUCGAUGCUAUUUUCCAAGUUGUCCGUUGUUUCGAUGACUCUGAAAUUAUUCACAUUAACGAUGAAGUUAACCCUUAUGCUGAUUUGGAAAUCAUUCACGAAGAAUUAAGAUUGAAGGAUAUUGAAUUUGCUCAAAAGCACUUGGAAGGUGUUGAAAAGAUCACCAAGAGAGGUGGUCAAUCCUUGGAAGUCAAGCAAAAGAAGGAAGAAGCUGAAUUGGUCAAGAGAAUCAUCAAGAUGUUGGAAGAUGGUCAAAGAAUUGCCAACAACAAGUGGACCACAAAGGAAGUCGAAGUCAUCAACCAAAUGCUCUUGUUGACUGCCAAGCCAUGUAUCUACUUGAUCAACUUAUCUGAAAGAGACUAUGUCAGAAAGAAGAACAAGCACUUAUUGAAAAUCAAGGAAUGGGUUGACCAGAACUCUCCAGGUGAUUCUAUCAUUCCAAUCUCUGUUUGUUUGGAAGAAAAAUUGGCUGGAAUGGGCUCUGACGAAGAAAGAGACGCUUACUGUAAGGAAAUCGGUGCUACCUCUGCUUUGCCAAAGAUCAUUGUCUCCAUGAGACAAAAGUUGGACUUGAUCUCCUUCUUCACUGGUGGUCCAGAUGAAGUUAGAGAAUGGACUAUCAGAAGAUUUUACACUGCCCCACAAGCUGCCGGUACUAUUCACGGUGAUUUGGAAAGAACUUUCAUCUUGGCUCUUGUUACCAAAUACGAAGACUUGAUUGAACUCGGAGACGAAGCUAGUGUCAAGUCUGCAGGUAAGUUGAUGACCAAGGGUAGAGAUUACAUCGUUGAAGAUGGUGAUAUUAUCUUUGUCAAGGCUGCUGAAGGUAAGGCCCGUUAA